AUGGACGCCAACACGUACGAUCUGGAGAAGGCGUCGCCUGGCUGCAGUCCUUCCUCAACAGAUAGCACGGUGUACCAGCUCUACCCGUCGGAUUCCCUGUCCUCCAAAACCAUUUCAUCUUUUGCCUCGUCCGAAGAUGCCAUUGAUUACAUGUCUCGCGUCCAGACCGCGCAUUCACACUACAGUCCUGCUCUUGACCGGCAUCCAACUGCACUCAGUCGAAUCGCAACCCAGCGCAGCCAGCACAAUGCCACUGUAGGAGCCGGGUUGAAAUCACAAUCGGGAAUGUCUGAAUUUCCCCUACCUGAUUUUGGGGCCGGGAAACCCUAUCCACCUCCAUUGCCCAACAAGGAAGAAUAUGUUGUGGAGUUUGCCGGGGUGGACGAUCCUCUACAUCCGCAAAAUUGGUCCACUGCAAAGAAGUUGACCACGGCCGUGAUAUUGUCCUUUACAACCUUCAAUGCAACCUUUGCCAGCAGCAUCUACUCCUCUGGUAACUCAAUCCUAUCCAUGCAAUUUCACGUCUCGAAUGAAGUGGGCACUCUCGGCCUAUCGUUGUACGUGCUAGGAUUUGCAACGGGUCCAAUCAUCUGGGCCCCAUUCUCCGAACUAUAUGGUCGACGUAUUCCCAUCCUUAUCUCCAUGCUGGGAUUCACGCUCUUUCAAUUUGCCGUUGCCACUGCCAAGGAUCUGCAGACCAUCAUGUUAUGCCGCUUUUUUGGAGGAUUAUUUGGGGCGUGCCCCGUCGCCGUUGUGGCGGCUGUCUUCUCCGACAUCUAUGAAAAUCGGGUUCGUGGCCUUGCAAUAACCGUCUUCGCAAUGACUGUCUUCACAGGUCCGCUGUUCGCGUCCACCGUGGGCGGGUUCAUUGUGCAGAGCAGCCACGGCUGGCGUUGCACGGAUUACUUGACCGGCAUCAUGGGGGCUGCGGCUCUUGUGAUCGACUUUUUCUUCCUUUGCGAGUCAUACGCCCCCGUGAUACUGACCAGGAAGGCGGCUGAGCUACGCCGACGCACCCUGAAUUGGGGCAUUCACUCCAAACAAGAAGAGAUCGAGGUGGAUUUCAAACAAUUGAUCCGGAAAAACUUCAGCCGGCCCCUCAAGAUCCUAUUCACGGAACCGAUCAUCCUCACACUGAGCAUCUACAUGGCCUUUCUUUAUGGUCUACUCUACCUGUUUAUGACAGCCUACCCAAUUGUUUUCCAGCAGAUCCACGGCUUCGACAAAGGCGUUGGUGGCCUUCCAUACCUGGGGAUGAUCAUUGGGGAAUUCCUCGGAGGCUUUGCAAUUAUCCUCAGCCAACCCUGGUACAACCGCAAGCUCAAAGAAAAUGGCGGCGACCCUAUUCCUGAGUGGCGCAUGCCAUUGGCGAUAGUUGGAAGUGUAGCUUUCGCAGCGGGCUUGUUCUGGUUUGGCUGGUCUGGCUUUCGAGCUGAUAUUCACUGGGUUGUCCCGACACUGUCCGGUGGCUUGACCGGAUUCGGGCUGUUUUGCAUAUUCCUGCAAGCGAUGAACUAUAUCAUCGACGGCUAUGUUGUCUUUGCCGCCUCUGCCCUAGCUGCCAAUAUAAUUCUGCGUUCCACGGCUGGCGCUGUAUUCCCACUUUUUGCAACCUACAUGUUUGAUUCUCUUGGCGUCAACUGGACUGGUACGCUACUUGGCGGCAUUGCAGCAUUGAUGAUCCCCAUCCCGGUACUCUUCUAUUUGUACGGCCCUAAACUUUGGGCUAGGAGUAGCUUCCUGCAAGAUUACUUCGAGGCAGCUCAAGGGCAUCACGACGACGAAUAA